ACGAUCAAGUUGGAUGAAAGUUUGCAAAUGAUGAUGGUGAGAUAACAAAAAAAUCGCGGUGAAAAGUGAGCGGGCCCUGAUGAUCGCCGAGUUUUGUGAGGGUUUUUCUUUGUUGUGUGAAAUCGAUCACGCGCAAUGCGCACUAUUCACCGGGAAAAUGGGGCUAAAGGCCAGCCAGCCAGCUGGCUCGCCACCCACUGCUUCUAACGGCGCGGUAGCGAUCCAGUGAUGUGAUCAUUCGGGGGCGAUCGAGACAGCGCGGUCGCUUCCGUGGAGUGAACAAAACAAGACCCCUGACGCGUGCGUGCAUGCGUCCGUGGCUAGACCCGGGAGCGAGUGAAAGAAAGAAAAGUGCCGCUGGCGGAUCACCCCCUCCUCCUCCAGUGUUGCGGAAGGAAAUGUAAAACAAAAGCAGGAAAGGAAAGGCAAAGAAAGCAUUGGUGGUGGCCGCGAUGGAUGGUGAAUAAGAAAGUGCGCCUCCACCACCGCCCAUGAGCGUUCGUGAGGUUGUCUACGUCCAGAGCAAGCGACGAACCUCCCCUGGCGCAGACACACGCUGGAAGAAGCCCCAAAGCGACCGAUCGUGCGCGAUCUUCAAUGUCUAUCAUUCGCAUCUAGACCACCAGCGUGAAUUACGGUGACUUUCCAAGGCAUUCCAAGUCUAUGCCCCCGCCCGGGACGGAACACACGGAGUCCGGAGUGCUACGAAAAUGAUUCUCUGGCCGAACUAUGUAACCGAAAGUGAAACCAAGUGGCACCAUAGUCCCAUCGGUGAGACAAGUUUUGCCAUUGUUACGUAAAAAAAACGGAAACCGGCGCCCAGUGUGUUUCCGUGCGAGUGUUUGUGUAUGUUGACCGAAGGACCGAAACGUUCGUAAUAACCAUACCGAAGGUGGGAUCGACGCGGAAGACACGGAAGAUUAUUCAUAAGCUAAGAAGCAAGGCGAGCGAGAGAGUAAAGGAAGGACGGAACUGAAAAACAACCGUCCCCAGGCUUCGUCACACCGUGACAAUAAAAAAAAAGAAAAGGAGAAGGAGGUGACAUUAAGCGUGGUGCUAAAUGACUUUCUAGCCAAAGCUCGAUCAUCGAGAGACCGACGACGACAACGAUCAUGGCUCUCGAUUUGAUGCGACUUUGGAGAGGCAGGAGCAGCAGCAGCAGGACGACAGCGGGAAUGAGGCACCGCAGUAAACCAGUGACGUCAGCGAUGCUGAUGAGCCACUGCUGCUGUCUGACGGUGUGGUGGAUCGUAUGCUGCACGAUCAUCCUACAGCCCCAAGGCACAGACUCGCAGGACCUGAACACCCCACCGCUGAUCACAGUGGAUCGUCAUUGGCGGAUCCGGGAGAACACCACACUUGGCACCAUUAUCGCGCGUGUCCACGCGGAUGACAACGAGGACGAUACGCUCGAGUUUGGGAUGGAUGCGUUGGUCGCCGGGCAAGAUCAACCGUUCACCAUCGAUCCACAAUCGGGCAUCGUGACGCUGAACAAAAGUGUCGAAGGCCGAGCGGGGCAGAACUUUUUCGUCUACGUUACCGUGACCGAUGGUAGCGUGACGUCGAAGAACGAAGUGUACGUCAACAUACUGGCCAGCAAUGCGACGGGGCUGUACAAAUCGCGAGUCCCUCAGUUCACGCCCAGUAUCGACAACAUCCGACAGAUACUGCCACCUGGGUUUAAUCUGCCCGGUAUGAGCUCACGACCACAGGUUCCACUGCCACUGUUGCCACCACAGUUUACGAGAAGUCCACCGACCUCGGUGGUUCAGCCCCAGGAACCCGAUGACAGCUACGCCGUUACGCCUCUGCCAACGAAACAAACCAAAACGUAUCCAGAUCGACCGCUCGUCGACGGUGCAGUGGCGGCGCCGCCAGAGGUCCAAGGGGACACCACAUUGACUGACAGUGAUGGCAAUUUAACGAUCGCCAUCAAUGGUGGCACCGGAAAUACAACCAAAUUGUCGAUACCUUCCCGACCUACCACCAUUAGACACCCGGCACCAACGGUGGCCAGCCAUCCGACGGUGGCACACACUACCGACGCGACCCACGGUCCGGUGCUUGCCCAUCCGGCCAGCGCUGCCGGAAGCGAGGAAGCGAGCACGUUCAAAAUUCUACUGCCAGUCAUCAUCUCGGUCACGAUCAUCUUCGUCAGUGCGGGCCUGAUCGCGAUCUGCAUCUUCCGGAAGUACCUGUGCGCCAUCAGCAAGACGCUGAAGAAGAAGAACAAAAUUGAUAAAGCCAAAAAGUCAAACCAAAGCAACGCCAGCAGCAACAUCACGUCCGGGACCGAGGACAGCCGGAAUUCGAUCGGGCUGAGCCACUGGAGCGGCCCGAUGGCGUUCAGCAAUCGUUACACCUCACCGUGGGAACGGGAUGCCAGUGGGCAUCUGCAGGCGACCUCGCAGCUGUCCGAAGAAUCGAACGCAUCGAUCCCGAAGGAUCGCUGGGAGUUUCCACGCCAUCGGCUGAAGGUGUUCAACAUACUGGGCGAGGG